GGGCUGAGCCCGGCCAUGUCUCCGGGGGCGGCGGCGUCGGGCUGAGCGGCCGUGCGCGCAGCGGGGAGCGCUCUCCGCCACCAUGAGGCGGCUGCCGCUGCCCUGCCUCCUGCUGCUGCUGCCGCCGCUGCUGCUGCUGCUGGCCGAGGUCAGAUGUACAAUUGCUUGCACUGAGGAUUGCAGCUCAAAAAAUGUAACUGCAGAACCAGCAACUAGUAGUAAUGAUGAUUUAUCAGUAAUCUCUGCAAGUGGGAACAGAACCUCUGCAGGUGGAAGAGUGACCAGGACUUUGUCUGAUGGAACAAGAGAACCCAGCCCAAUUGGUAGUCUCACAGCAGAACACAUUGGUGUGACUUCUGUCAUCUUAACGUGGUCAGUGGAUAACACUACUUCGAAACCUGAGAAGUACAGGGUAGAGAUUGUAAAUGUGGCACCUGUGGAGAUAUUCAAUGACACCAAAGCAGAAAUUACAGAGUUAAUCCCUGGGACGAUGUACAGUUUCACUGUAUAUGCAGUGGUAAAUGGUAGUGACACAGAAGGAGUGUCCUUAAGCGUGUACACAAAGCCCAGCUUGGUUGUUGAUCUCGAGGCAGAAUAUGUUGGUGUGACUUCUGUCAUCUUAAAAUGGAUGGUGAAUGACAGUGCUUCUGACUCCUACACGUACAGAAUACAGUUUGUAAAUGAUACAAAGAGAAACCUGACAUUCAAUGACACCAAAGCAGAAAUUACUGAGUUAAUCCCUGGGACAAUGUACAACUUCACAGUAUUUGCUGUAGCAGCUGAUAAUGCCACAGAAGGAGAAGGAAGUUCCAUAGACCUGUACACAAAGCCCAGCUUGGUUGUUGAUCUCGAGGCAGAAUAUGUUGGUGUGACUUCUGUCAUCUUAAAAUGGAUGAUGAAUGACAGUGCUUCUGACUCCUACACGUACAGGAUACAGUUUGUAAAUGAUACAACAGUGUCACUCCUGACAUUCAAUGACACCAAAGCAGAAAUUACUGAGUUAAUCCCUGGGACAAUGUACAACUUCACAGUAUUUGCUGUAGCGGCUGAUAAUAAGACAGAAGGAGAAGGAAGUUCCAUAGACCUGUACACAAAGCCCAGCUUGGUUGUUGAUCUCGAGGCAGAAUAUGUUGGUGUGACUUCUGUCAUCUUAAAAUGGAUGGUGAAUGACAGUGCUUCUGACUCCUACACAUACAGAAUAGAGGUUGUAAAUGAUACAAAGAGAAACCUGACAUUCAAUGACACCAAAGCAGAAAUUACUGAGUUAAUCCCUGGGACAACGUACAACUUCACAGUAUUUGCUGUAGCAGCUGAUAAUGCCACAGAAGGAGAAAGAAGUUCCAUAGACCUGUACACAAAGCCCAGCUCGGUUGUUGAUCUCAAGGCAGAAUAUGUUGGUGUGACUUCUGUCGUCUUAAAAUGGAUGAUGAAUGACAACGCUUCUGACUCCUACACGUACAGAAUAGAGGUUGUAAAUGAUACAAAGAGAAACCUGACGUUCAAUGACACCAAAGCAGAAAUUACCAAGUUAAUCCCUGGGACAACGUACAACUUCACAGUAUUUGCUGUAGCGGCUGAUGAUAAGACAGAAGGAGAAGGAAGUUCCAUAGACCUGUACACAAAGCCCAGUUCGGUUGUUGAUCUCAAGGCAGAAUAUGUUGGUGUGACUUCUGUCAUCCUAAAAUGGAUGAUGAAUGACAGUGCUUCUGACUCCUACACGUACAGAAUACAGUUUGUAAAUGAUACAACAGUGUCACUCCUGACAUUCAAUGACACCAAAGCAGAAAUUACCGAGUUAAUCCCUGGGACAAUGUACAACUUCACAGUAUUUGCUGUAGCAGCUGAUAAUAAGACAGAAGGAGAAGGAGUGUCCAUAGACCUGUACACAAAGCCCAGCCCAGUUGUUGAUCUCAAGGCAGAAUAUGUUGGUGUGACUUCUGUCAUCCUAAAAUGGAUGGUGAAUGACAGUGCUUCUGACUCCUACACAUACAGAAUAGAGGUUGUAAAUGAUACAAAGAGAAACCUGACAUUCAAUGACACCAAAGCAGAAAUUACCGAGUUAAUCCCUGGGACAAUGUACAACUUCACAGUAUUUGCUGUAGCAGCUGAUAAUGCCACAGAAGGAGAAGGAAGUUCCAUAGACCUGUACACAAUAACUGUCUCAGUGAAUUCCUUCCUGUGUGAACCAGUGGCCAAGCAGCCUUUCCUAAUGCUGAAGUGGAAAUGUCCUUUUGGUAACAACUCUGGCUUCAAAAUCAACAUAUCUAAUACACAUACUUCAAGGGAAGAGUUGGCUCCACCCUGCACAGUAGAAGGCUUUGAGCAAACCUUCCAAACAGCAUCUUUAAAUUUUUUCAGCACCUAUAAUGUUUCUAUCAUAACGCUUUCAAAUGGCUCUGAAAGCUCUCCAGUGGACAAAUUGUGUCACACCAGCAUUUCUGACCCACCUCCUCCAAGUGAAGUUCCUUCAGUCAAGGCUGUCAGUCACAGCUCACUGUCUGUUGAAUUCUCUGAUUUUGAUUCACGGAAUGGUCCAUUAGAAGCCUACGCAGUAAUGAUUACAACAGAAGAUCAGGGUCCUGACUCUUUGAAGUCUAAAUUGAACAACACAUACAGAGAUUUCAAGAAGAGGAAGACAACUGCCUAUGUUACAUAUGUCAUAAAAACAGAGCAGGCAGAAUCACCUUCUUCCCAUUCCCGGAAUGGUAAAAACAUCAUUAAUGUUGGCAAGGGAAACACAAUGUAUGGCUAUGAAAAUGGACCAUUGAUACCUCUUCGUUCAUACAGGGCAUGUGUUGCAGGUUUCACUAAUAUAACCUUUAUGGCCAACAUGAUUGAGGGGGAAGAUAGUUAUGUAUCAUUUUCACCCUGUUCUGAACCGGUUUUACUACCCCAGGAUCCAGGUGUUAUUGCUGGAGUGGUUAUUGGAUGCCUUUUGGCUAUCUUUGCUGUAGUCGCUGUAGGGGGCUUCAUAUUCUGGAGAAGGAGAAGGAAAGAUAAAAGAAAUAAUGAAGUUUCCUUUUCUCCAAUUAAAAUCAAGAAAUCAAAAAUGAUUAAAGUGGAGAACUUUGAGUCAUACUUUAAGAAGCAGCAAGCUGACUCCAACUGUGGUUUUGCUGAAGAGUAUGAGGAACUCAAGUCUGCUGGUGUUCAUCAGCCCAAAUUUGCUGCUGAACUUCCUGAGAACAGGGGGAAAAAUAGAUACAACAACGUCUUACCAUAUGAUAUUUCUCGUGUUAAACUUUCAAAUCAAAGCUCUGGAACUGGUGAUUAUAUUAAUGCAAACUAUAUGCCUGGCUAUAACUCAAAGAAGGCAUUUAUUGCUGCACAGGGUCCGUUACCCAAUACUAUAGACGACUUCUGGCGAAUGAUUUGGGAAAAGAGUAUCUACUCUAUUGUUAUGUUGACAAAAUGUAUGGAACAAGCCCGGACAAAAUGUGAGCAGUACUGGCCAGACAAACAGCCCAAGAGCUAUGGUGACAUUAUUGUGACAAUGGUCUCAGAAGUUGUCCUUCCGGAAUGGACAAUAAGGGACUUCACUGUAGAAAAGUCCAACACCCCUGAGAGCCACAUGGUGCGCCAGUUCCAUUUCACCUCCUGGCCAGAUCACGGAGUGCCAGAGACAACAGACCUUCUCAUCAACUUCAGGCACCUUGUUCACGAGUACAACAGCCAGAAUCCAAUGGACUCUCCUACUCUGGUGCACUGCAGCGCUGGCGUUGGGAGGACGGGGACGUUCAUUGCCAUCGACCGCCUGAUCCAGCAGAUGGAGAUGGAGAGCACGGUGGAUGUGUACGGGGUGGUGUACGAUCUCCGCAUGCACCGACCCCUCAUGGUGCAGACUGAGGACCAGUACAUCUUCCUAAACCAGUGUGUCAUGGAUAUCAUUAGAUCCCAGAGAGAGAGGAAAACUGACCUUAUCUACCAAAACGUGACAGCAAUGGCAAUCUAUGAAAACUUCGCACCUGGGCCAGCCUUUGGGAAGGCCAAUGGCUACCACACAUAGCCCAGAAGGAGCCCAGUGCCUCCAGGAGGUGCUACCUGCCCAUAGGAAAGGGAGGUGUUCGACUCGUGUUUUCUGGAAUUGUGUGCAGUGUCUCAUGUCUGGCUUCUCCAGUUCUGUCUGCAUUCAAAGGUGUGAUCUACAGGAGGAAAAACACAAUGCUGGCAGGAGCUGCAGAUUGAUGUUAAAACAACCCAAACAACAAAACCCAAGCAAAACUUUUUAAAGUUAACAGCGGAAUCUUGCUUUUUCUUGGGAAUUUAACAGUACUGAUAGGUGAAAUAGCAUUUGCAGUAUGAACAGUGAACUAGAAUUUAAAUAUUGAAAUAAUAACACAAGCUUUUUAUUACAGUUUUAUAUGAUUUCAUUUACAGACACCAGGUUUGUGGGCUGUUUGAAUAUAUUUAAUUAUAAGUUUCAGGAACAUAUUUUAUCUACUGUAUCUGGUUACUUAGUUAAUAGAUAUGUGCCUCUGUGAUCUGUUUUUUUCUGUGUUCCUUUUUAUUUAAAAAAGGAGUACAAAUGGCUCCUUCAAAUGGACAUUUAUACUUGGAAAUUGUGCCUUUUCUAGUUGCUACUCUAGGAAAAAAAACAGCAGAGAUUCUAUUUUUGUACUGAAACUCUUAAUGAGAACACAGAUUUUUAAAUAAGGCUUAUGUCAAACUUAACUGUAGUUGCACUGUUGGCAGGACUCUCCAGAAGUUUGGAGCUGAGCUUUGUUUUUGCAUUUCACCACAAAUAUCCCCUGCCUUAAUGUUUCGGUGCCUCUGCCAGAGGAAAAAGGAGUGUGGUCUGUCACUCCGAGCUUUAACUGUAGUUACAAACAGAGCAAGUGAAUCUGUGAAUGUGUGUGCGGGGGAGUGUGUGGGGGUGUGGAUGAAGGACAGAAUAGCUCCUCCCUGUUCCUGGCUGAUAUUCUGUUUUUAUACAAUUUAUAAUGAUUUAUUUAAAGGUGCAAUAUAUGAUUUACUGAAUAAUGCUCACUCUAAUAGAGUUUUUCUCAGGUUGGUGUCUUUUUAUCAUUGUUGUUGUUUUUCCUCAAGUAUAUAAAUCUGUGAAAAUGUUGAAACUAAGGUUCCAAGUGUUGAAGCACUCCCAAACGGAUCGAGUGGCUUUACCAUUUCUACCAAAAGACAUUGCACAAAGUUCUGCUGUAAAGACAAAUUUCUUGGUUGUUUUAGCCAUUCAAAACUGAGACACAUCUUACCUGCCUGCAUCUCACUGAUCCAGUGUAAUUGUUUUGUAAUUAUUUGCAAUAUACUGCUGCUUUUGUUUUGACUGAUCCUUUUAGAAACAGAAGGAACAAGCAGAAAUCCCCGGUUUGCUGAUUUCACAAGUCAAGGAUCAGAUUGGAUUUAUUUUGCUGGUACAUAACUGUUAGACUUAGGAAGGCAUUACCAAUGAAGGACUUACAUAGCUUGGGGUGGGGGGAGGGUCUGUUUUUUGGGUUUUGGAUUGUUGCACUGGUUGCAUUGCAGAUGAAUAUGAAGUUUAUGAAUAAUGCUAUAGAAUAGCGAUAAAGCAGGGAAAAAAUCUUAUGAAGGUUUAAUAACCAGAGUCCCUGGAAUUCUGCUGCUUUUUUGUUGUCGUCGUUUUGGCGGUUUUUGUUUUAGUAGAGUUGUCAGGAAAAGCUACAGAUGCUAGGAGUAUAUGUGGCUUUACAGUGGAACCUGGCAGCCUCACAGGUCCUCCAGUGUCAGCUGAAGGAGAACAUAGGAAUUCCUGGUGCACAACUGUAACUUUACAAAUAUCCUGAGGAAUUUUUCACAACCUGGUGUGAAACUGUGGUGUGCUGCAUAAGCAAAACUGGAGGAACAAACCACAGUGCACUUUUGGUUGGUAGGUUUUGGGGUUUGGUUUGGUUGUUUGUAGUUUGUUGGUUUUUUUUCUUUGUAGCAGCCACUUGUGGGUUCUUGAAUAUAAUUUUGUUUCUCUUUCUCUGGAAAUACUUUAAAAGACCCUCAUCAUGAGGUUGAUGAUCCUGCCCACCUCCAUCCAAACUGGCAGCCCAGAAAGUGGAUCUCUCACCUGCAUUCUUCCUAAGCUGCUGUCAGAUGACAAAGAUAAACCACUCGGACCAAACAGAACCAUUCCAAAGGAACUGGGAGGGAGGAAAUUCUGCGCUUUGCAGUCAUGUUAUUUUCUUUAACUCUCUUACUCUUUCAGUUACUGCACAUCUGUGCAGAGCACAGAGCCAGUAUUCGUUAUUCCAGAUCUCCCAAGAACUUGCUGCCUUAGGGUGGCAAGUGCUCUUUUGCUCCAGAAGGCCCUUGCUUUGUAUAGCAUAGAGGAGAGGGAGAUGAGUCUUCCAUGCUAGAUCAUGUUGUUUCUAUUCUGUUGCAGCAGAACAUCAGAAAACAAGCUAGGACAGUAUGUGUUUCUGCCUAACCACUGCCCAGAUCCUCUUACAGAAAACAGAUGGAUCUGUCCCAUUAUUUUGGUAUUGGAAGCAGGCAUCAAAUUCUCACUUGUGCCAUCAUCUAAUGAGUAUCCAUUUUUAAAGAACUGUACGCAGGUGUUUUUUCAAAACUGGUUCAUUGUGAGAGGAGACUGAAGGUUGAAGUAAAUGACCUGUUGAUUCUGUGUAUAGGUGGAAAAAGCUGGCAAGGCUUAAGCUGUUGUAAACAUAUGGUUGGGCAUAGUGUCAGUGUGAAUAAGGAGGACAUUCCUUGUAGGAUGUCUCUGCAGGAAGAGGAGGACUACAGGUCAUGCUCCACUACCUUGUGGAUCUGUCUUGGUCAAGGUGACUUGAAUUCCCGUAAAUGUUUUCUGCCUGCCCUCUGAUGUUCUCUGUGUUAUAAUUGCUGAGAUCUGGUCUCUUUGGUCAGUGUUUUCUCUCACUGUUGCUUAUUUAAAGCUGUCCACUGAAAGCUCCACUGUGUGACAAUUGCCAUCUCUUGCAUUUCUGUUCUACCCUUUUUUCCCAUUUGGGGCCUGCUUAAGAAGGGAAAAGUUGAUGUGUUUCAAAUAAGUGACUGUUGAAUAUCUUGAAAUGAUGUACAAAUUUUAUUGUUUUCAUAUUUGUUGUACAGGAAAUUUCAGUACAUGUCUGUAAUAUUUUUAAUGGUUUGAUUUGUUUUUAAAAAUAUAAAAAUAACAAUUAAAAAGCAUCAUCCCAGAGCA